CAGCUCGUCAGGCAUUUUGGAACGCAGGCGCAGAACAGCGGACGGACACCGUAGCUAUUGCGGCCUGCGGAGGCCCGCGCUUUGCCCAGCCGACGCCCUCGGAGACCCGUUUCUCGGCUCCAUGUUCCCGACGUGGGGUCUGUAUGGGGCAACCCCCGGGCAUUAUCCUCCGCCCCCUACAAUGCUGUUGCCGCCGCCGCCUUUGCCGGGCGUGCUGCCUACCUCCAUGCCGCCGCCGCCGCCAAUGCCGCCGCCUAUUUUAGGUGGCUACGCGACCACCUCGGCGACUACUGGCGCUGCCGGGACUGGGGGAUUUCUGAGCCUUCAGGAGCAGCACCUGGUCCAGCUCCAGCAGCUCCAGCAGAUGCACCAGAAGCAGCUGCAAUCGGUGUUGCUAGGGGGCCCCCCUCCGCCCGGCCCGCCUCCCCCGAAUAUGCCGCCACCUCUGCCCACUUCUUCUAUCACCAGUACUUCCUGGCAGCCGCCGGUACCUCCCGGGCCGCCGCCCGCGCGGAGCUAUCAGAAACAAUUUAAGCACCGCGAUCCCCUUCCUCCGCCUUUGCCUCGGGAGCCCCAGUUCCGAAAUCCCCCGAUGCCGCCGCUUUCGUCUACAGAGGAGGUUGCCGAGCCACCGCAGCCCCGCAAGGAGUGGGAGCCCCCGGUCCCCUCGUCCAGUCCUCGCAUGGAUAUGGACAUGGAUCUGUCUUCGCCGCCGCAAUCGCCUCCCCAGGCUUUAAUGCCCCAGUUAGAGGCUGACCCCUAUGUACCCCCGCCUCAGCCUCUGUCAACGCAGAGCCAGAGCCAGAUCCUACCACCGCAGGCUUACCAGCCCCAUUUGCCCUUGUCUCAGGCAGUUCCCAAGACGUUUUCAGACACCCCCACUUCAACUCUUUCUCAGUCUUACCCAAACCAGGCCCAGACUUAUCAAACCAACUCCCAGACGUCCUCUCAGCUAGGCCAGCCCAGUGCAACAUCAGCCUCCCAGCCCGAAUCCCACUUCACUUCAUCCCAGAUUACUCAGAGUGCUUCCGAACCACCAGAAUUAAGACUGAGCAGUGGCCCAGAGAAAGAGUUUGAGCAACAGCACAGCAGCUCACGUGCAGAUCCAUCCACAAUGACUCCCCAGGAACAACAGCAAUAUUGGUAUCAACAGCAUCUACUUACCCUUCAGCAAAGGGCAAAAGCACAUGCAUUGGGACAGCAACAGCCACCUAUUGUGAAUGACGCCUCUGAACAGAGAAAAGAAAAAAGAGAAACAUCUGUUUCUAGUGGCCUUUCUGAACCCAGUUUGAAUUAUGAUCCCAUGUUACCACCUCCAAAUGUUGAAGAGCCUCCUGCGUCAUCUGUUGAACAUAAGCUAAACAUUGAACCUCCAGAAGAUCCUGAAGAAAGCUUGAGAUUACAGCAGCUACAGGCAGCAGCAACACAAUGGCAGCAACAUCCACAACAAAGAGUGGGCUUCCAGUAUCAAAGAAUAAUGCAAAAGCAUUCACAGUUGCAACAAAUUUUACAACGCUAUCAACAGAUUAUACAGCAACCAUCACAUUUGUCAACAGCAACAGUGGAGGUGCAGCUACAGCAUUAUGAGACUCAGAAUAAACAAUUCCAGCCACUUUACAAAGAGUGGGAACGUGAAUUUCAGCAGUGGCAGGAUCAACUUCAGACCUAUCCUCACAAAGACCAGCUUUAUGAGUAUGAGAAACAGUGGAAAAUGUGGCAGGGACAAAUGAAAGCCACUUACGCUCACCUUCAGGAAAAGGUGAAGUCUUUUAAAAACCUGAAUAAUACUCAGUGUCCUGGGAACACGUUUCCAUUUUCUCCAUAUUCUCAAACGGUGCAAAGCAGCAUGCCUGUUUUACCUGCAGCUCUACUUCCUCCACCAACUCCUGGAUUUUCUGCUGACCCAGCAAUAUCUGACAUGACUGUUUCAAAAGAAUCUGGACCUAAGAGCACUCAAACUACAGAAACAAAACCAGCUCUGUUUCCUACUUCUAAUUCUUUUUCUUUUAAAGUCGAUGAAUCGCUUUCCAGUUCUCAGGUGACCGAAGGGAUCAGGCCAGCUCUUCUUCCUAUCCCUUCGUCUGGUUCUUUCACACCCAAAACAGAAGAUUCUUCUACCACUUCCCAGAGCAGGGAGACAACGAGGCCAACUUUGUUUCCUACCCCUUCCUCUUUUACAUUUAAAGUUACAGAGUCAGCUCCCACUUCUCAGAACACAGAAACCGCUAGACCAGGUCUUCUUCCUACCCCUACUACUGCUACUACUACAUUUACAUUCAAAGCAACUGAAUCUCCUCCUACCUCCCAGACCGUGGAGACAACCAGACCAGCUCUGCUUCCCACCCCUGCCCAUACUUCCUUUCCUUUUAUAAAUAGUGAUUCAUCUGUCACCCCGCAGGCAACUGAAACAGCUAGGCCAGCUUUGCUUCCAACUCCUACUUCUGCCUCUGCUUUUUCAUUUAAGGUUAAUGAUUCAAAUGCAGCUACGCAAGCCACUGAAACCACCAGACCAGCCCUUCUUCCUACCCCUUCCCCUGCUUCUUUGUCUUACACUGAUACAUCAGCCACUUUGCCUUACCAUUCAAAUGUAACAGCAUCUGCUAGCUCUUCAAACCAAGGUGAUUCUUAUGCUCCUCUGGGCAAACAGGCAGUAGCAUUUGGGUCAGCCUCAUCUGACCAUGCUACUGUAAAAAUGAAAUCCGAAUCGACAAUAGCUUCAUCAUCUGUGUCCACCACUACUAUCACUACCACCACUGCUUACCAGAACAGAUCAUUGAGGCCAGCUGAGUUUCCUGAUUCCCCCAGGGCACCUUACUAUGAAGGUCCCAAGGACUCAAGAUUCGAUGGACCCCAGGGAAGAGGCUUUGAGCCUCCAAGGCAAAGAGAUCCUAAUUUUCAGGGCCAACGCUUAGAAGGUCCAAGGGCAAGACAGAAUCAGCACAUAGAUGGAUCUUUAGGACAACAGGCAACAAUCCCUCGGGGGCCAGCAGCAGCCUUUUACACUUCUUCAGUAACAUCACAGAUGCAGUCUUCUCAAGCAAGUGGACCAUGGUGGCGGGGACCUAGACCACCUCUGGGACAACAGAACCAUCAAGUAGAAAACAAAGAACUACUUACUGAUACUGUCAAUAAAUCUAAAUUUAUGUCUGAUGUAAACGUUUCUGGCCCAGUUCAGCCAGAUAAGAGUCUGCCUAAUGUUCAGCAAAAUACAUCCAGGAAGGAGGCCAUAAAAGCAAUGCCAGAAACAAAGAAACCAAGUGCCAUGGAUUCGGGAUUACACAGAGAAGCAUCCAAAACUUCUUGCACUUCCACAAGUCUGCAUCAGAUACCAGUUUCCAAUAUUCCUCAAACACCAGGAGGGAAGAAAACAUUACUGCCAUCACCAAUCAUAGGAAAUAAAGAUAUGAAAUCUACAGAAAAUAAACUGGUUUCUCUAGACAAUAAUCAGAAUAAGGAAUCAUCUAAACUAGAAAACAGAGAGAAGGGACAAAUGAAGCCAAGAGAUAACCAGGGAAAAGGGCCAGAUGGCAGAGGCAGAGGCCAAUAUAGAAUGGAAGAUACUAGAGGCAGAGGACAGAGCCAAUCGGAAGAUAUGAGAGGAAGGGGAAUAGCAAAUAGAGGGAGAGGUCAAUCAAGGGAUGUUGCUGGUAGAGAGAUAAGCAGUGGGCUAAGAACCCAUGACAAACUUCCAAGAAAUCGGGUAAGCAAGUGGGACUCUGAGGUGAGUAGACAGGGAAGUAACCAGGAAAGAGUACUGGGCAGGCAAUCAAAUAGCCAGGAAAGAGGAUUACCAGCUCCUCGGAUGGGCAGUAGGGAAAGAAUCCAAACCAAUAGCCAGGAAAGAGGAUUACCAGCUCCUCGGAUGGGCAGCAGGGAAAGAAUCCAAACCAAUACCCAGGAAAGAGGAUUACCAGCUCCUCGGAUGGACAGCAGGGAAAGAAUCCAAACCAAUACCCAGGAAAGAGGAUUACCAGCUCCUCGGAUGGACAGCAGGGAAAGAAUCCAAACCAAUAGCCAGGAAAGAGGAUUACCAGCUCCUCGGAUGGGCAGCAGGGAGAGAAUCCAAACCAAUAGCCAGGAAAGAGGAUUACCAGCUCCUCGGAUGGGCAGCAGGGAGAGAAUCCAAACCAAUAGCCAGGAAAGAGGAUUACCAGCUCCUCGGAUGAGCAGCAGGGAAAGAAUCCAAACCAAUAGCCAGGAAAGUGGUACAAUCAGGCCUCACAGCAGUCAGGAGAGAGGACUGGACUGGCAAAUUGGAAGUAGGGAGAGAGCCCUGGGUCGACAACCUACUAAUAGAGAGAGGGACACAGAUAGACAUGGUAAUGGUCAGGAAAGAGAACCCAUUAGAAGCAGUCGGGACCACGAUCUACAUAGACAUGAUACAGGACUUGGAGGAAACAUUGAAAAUUUACCACCAUUUUGCGAAGAACCACCAAGGGCUCCAUGGAGUUAUGAAGAGCAAAGCAGAGAAGAGGGUCAUUCAUUUGACUACAGAGAUAUUCCUCUUUUAGAAUACAGACAAUUAGAUGAUUGGGAAAGAGAUACAUAUUGGCACGAUCAAGACCAGAGGUAUGAUGAUUCCCUUGAUCCAUAUGAGAUAGGUGACGGGGUACCACAACAUCAUCCCUUACCCCCUCUUUCACCACUUCCCCCUCUUCCUCCUUUACCUCCUUUGGUGGAUCAGGAACCAUUUUGGGAUGAUUGGGAAAGAUCAUUGAGUAGAGACAGAGAGGGAGACAGGGAUCUCGACAGAAUCAGAAUACCCUUGGAUGUAUAUGAUUGUGAAUUGGAAAGAGACUGGGACAUGGAUUAUAUCAGAUCAUCGGGGGACAGAGAUACAUUGAAUUGUGAUCUGGACAUACCACCUCUACCUCCUUUGCCACCUCUGCCUCCACUUCCUCCAAUAGAUAGAUAUCAAGAAGACAUAUGGCUAGAAGAGAGAGACAGAGAUUUCUACAACAGAGAUUCUAGAGACAGAAGCGAGAUUAGAAUUCGUGAAUAUCCAGAAAGACGUGAUACAUGGAGAGAACAGUCUGAUUUCCCUACUGACAGAGGAGAUUGGGAAAGAGAAAGGUUUUCAGAGAGGUGGUAUCCUGAUGAAAUGGAUAGAUUUACAUCUUCAGACAAUCGUUUGGAUCUACCACCUAUGCUACCACAGUCAUCUGAAUUGUUGGAAGAAGAGCCAAAUUUAGCUUCUGAGCAGUCAUUAGGAGGAGUAAUGGUCCUUAGUCAAAGGCAACAUGAAAUAAUCUUGAAGGCUGCCCAAGAACUAAAGUUGAUACGGCUCGUCAAGAGGAAGGCGAUGGAGGCAGAGCAGCUGAUCGGCAUUCCGGCACCAGACCCCCUGCCGAGAGCCGAGGUUUUGAGGUCCUGCACCUCAGAAAUAAUAAGACCCCCGAUAAUAAGGCCAAGGCCAUAUUUCGGGGGUCAAAAGAAAAUAAGACCCUGUCUUAUUUUGGGGGAAACACAGGAACAAAAAGAACAUAUGCAGAAGAUGAAUGAAUUUGUUCCUGACGUUCAAAUGUCUGAACCUCCAUCACAAGAAAUGCCUAGGUUACAAAGUACAACUGCUAGGAAGGAUAAAUUUCAGGCCUCUUCUCAAAUGCAAAGUAAAAGGACAGCGGAGAAACAAGCUAUUAUGCCUACUCCAGCUGUAAUUGUAAAGCCCCCUGUCUUGUUUCAGAAACCUGCUCCAGCCACUAAGCCACCUCCUGUAAAAUCUUCUCCAGUGACAACACCCUCUGUUUCAGCUGGAAAGGUUCCUAUCCCAAAAGCAAAGCCAUCUGCUCCACCAUUACAGUCAAAUAUUCCAAUUUCCAUUUCAACUGUAGCAGCAACUCAGGUUUCAGUUCCCGUGGUAAAGACAUCAACUGAGAUGGAUCAAGAACGUUGGGAUGAGGACACUUUCCAGGGACUUUGGGACAGUAAUGACGAUAAUGAGUUGAAAUCAGAAUAUGACUUACCUAAAUCGGAUUCUUCAUUGCCUUCAUCAACAGUCUCAGCGCCCCUUUUGUCUACUACGUCAUCCCUUUUGCCUACUACGGCACCUCCUUUGCCUACUACGGCACCCCUUUUGCCUACCACGGCACCCCUUUUGCCUACUACGGCACCCCUUUUGCCUACCAUGGCACCCCUUUUGCCUACCACAGCACCCCUUUUGCCUACUACGGCACCCCAUGCCAAGCCACCAAUUAUUCCACAGACUGUUGACUAUGGACAUGGACAUGGACAUGGACACAGCCAUGGUCAAGAUUUAACUAUCAGUAAAAGUGGACAACAAGUUCCUUACGGGGAGCGAAUACCUCUGCAUCCAGAACCUCAUGAAAGGCAGCCCUUUUCAAAAGAACACUUAGGCCAGAGGGAUCGAUACACCAAGGAGAGAGAGAGUUAUUUUGAACGACAAAAUAAUUCCAAUCCAGACCACAGGGAUUUCAGGAGGGAACGAGAACCAUACAGAGAACGGAUUUCUGGAGAUCAUGAUCGGGAACGAUUUGACAAAGAACGAUACUCACGAGAAGACAGGCCAUCUCCUUCAAGAAAUCAGUCUUACCGUGACAAGGAUCAUUCAGUCUCAAGAAGGGGAGGAUUUGAAAGACAGUCAUAUGAGCGGAAGCCUGAUCGUCCUUCUUAUGAUCAUGGGCAUUCCAUGUUUGGAGGUGAUCGGAGAAAUUAUGCUGAGGAUAGAAUUCCUAUUUCUGCUCCAACAAUACCACGACAACCACCACCUGCCCCACGGGUAGAGAGGAAACCAGAAUCAAAAAAUGUGGAUGACAUAUUGAAGCAGCCUGGACGGGAAAGUAGACCAGAACGGAUUGUCAUAAUCAUGCGAGGAUUACCAGGCAGUGGAAAGACCCAUGUUGCCAAGCUCAUCAGGGAUAAAGAAGUUGAAUGUGGAGGCGCUGCACCCAGAGUGCUCAGCUUGGAUGACUAUUUUAUCACUGAAAUAGAAAAAGAAGAGAGAGAUCCAGACACAAAGAAAAGAGUAAAAAAGAAGAUUUUAGAGUAUGAAUAUGAAGCUGAUAUGGAAGAGGUCUAUCGUGCCAGCUUGUUUAAAACUUUCAAGAAGACUUUGGAUGAUGGAUUUUUUCCCUUCAUCAUACUUGAUGCCAUCAAUGACAGAGUACGGCAUUUUGAGCAAUUCUGGAGCUCUGCAAAAACAAAAGGAUUUGAGGUUUACUUAGCUGAAAUAACUGCAGAUAAUCAGACUUGUUGCAAGAGAAAUAUCCAUGGACGCAAGCUCAAAGAAAUCAAUAAGAUGGCUGAUCAUUGGGAGACAGCACCCCGUCACAUGAUACGUUUAGACAUUCGCUCCUUAUUACAAGAUGCUGCUAUUGAAGAGGUGGAGAUGGAAGACUUUGAUGCAAAUAUUGAAGACCAAAAGGACGAAAACAAAAAAGAUGCAGAAGAAGAAGAGAGCGAACUGGGUUACAUUCCGAAAAGCAAAUGGGAGAUGGAUACUUCUGAAGCAAAAUUAGACAAAUUGGAUGGGUUGCGAACUGGUACUAAGAGGAAACGUGACUGGGAAGCAAUUGCCAGCAGAAUGGAAGAUUACCUUCAGCUUCCAGAUGAUUAUGAUAGCCGUGCUUCUGAACCUGGGAAAAAAAGGGUAAGGUGGGCAGAUCUUGAAGAAAAAAAGGAUGCAGACAGAAAGAGGGCCAUUGGUUUUAUUGUGGGACAAACAGACUGGGAGAAAAUCACAGAUGAAAGUGGUCAUUUUGCUGAGAAAGCCCUCAAUCGCACCAAAUACAUCUGAAUCAGUUGGCACAUGGAAGAUGUCUUCCUUUAAGGCUGUUUGCUUUGGUGAGAGAAGUACACAAGGUGGUAUGGUUGGAACAUGUCAUUGCCCAUCUAGAGAGCUUUGUGAUUCUUUCCUUUUGAACUUUUUUAUUUCAUUGUGUUCUUUCAGUUUUAAUUGUUGAUAUCCAAGAUCCCCAAGUUAUAUAAUAUCCUCUUGCAUCUAAAUGUGAAAAAUAACUUUAUGUUAAAAUCAGUAGUCUUAGCGUUUAUGUGUACAGUAGAAUUGCAAGACAGUACUGAAGCCAUUUCCUCUGCUGUACUCUGACCCAAUGUCAGCAUUACUUUGUAUUGUUGCUUUGUGCUAUUGUUAUUUUAUACUGUACAAACUUGGUAGUUUAUUGUAAUAGCAAACAGAACAAUAAACUUUCACUAUGGAUUUAAUAAUGUGUUUGACCAUAUAUUUAUGUUUGCUAUUAUCUCUGUAUUUGAUUUUUAAAACAAGAGCUUCUCUAGACAGAGUGUUGGAGUUUGGCAAGAAGAAGAUAAGUAAAUGAAAUGAGGAUGGGCCCAAAAUGUUUCUGGUCAUUAAAGUGCCCUAUUUCCUUGUACAUAAAUAUCUUCAAAGCAUUUUUAUUCUCCACACAACUUUAUUCUUCAGACACUCAUCAGUGCAUUGGCUUAAAGCCAUCUCAGCUGUCUCUCACAAGAAGAUAACUUUAAUUCAUGUUUGACUGAAAAUAAUCUGUCACCAAAUAAUUUGGUUAAGCAGCUUUCUGAAUAGUAUAUAUCUUACCAGGUGGGUUGAUAUAUUGCUUUUUAUUCUUGGCUGCUGUUUUUGUUUUGAACUGUACGUCUAGUAUUGUAUAUUUUAUGGUUUCAAUUAAAUUUUAUGCACCAUCCAGUGUCAUUGUGACAAAAGGUAUAUCCAUUUAAAUUGAAAUAAAUAAGAUAUGCAUCUUAUUUAUUUCCCAUGCUUAUUAAUUAACAAAUACAAUUAACUUUUUUGUCCUUCAAAUAGUUUCUGUUCAUAGGUAUAUUAGUAUUGAUAACUCUGUUUUUCCUCUUGAUGGAGGAUUGUGAUUUAGUACUUAAGGAAUAGCUGCUACUGAAAUACAUUUAUUUACAUGACUUUAUCCAGUUUAAUUAAAUAUGUAUAAUUAGAAUUUAUUGAUGUAUCUGAAUACUGUAUAUAAUGUUAGACUACAAAAAUAUUCAUUUGCAUAAUUUAUCUUUAUGCCACACAGUAACUUUUAAUAUUGGUAAGUUAUUUUUGAGUCUUCAUCUCACAGCAAUUAUGAACACAUUAGACAUUUUUUAUGAUUGCCUUGCAAUAUUAGAAUUACACUCUGUUUGGUGCUAAAUAAAACCCAUUGGUGGAUGAAAUAGCAACUAGCUCCAAAUAUAUUUUUAAAAAUCUCUUGUUCAAUCCAAAAGUUUUGUGCAUAUAUUAUUUGUUAAUAUGAUCAUGCUUCUCACAUCUAUAAAAUCCUGCUAUUGAAAAAUUCUAUUGUUUUUCAUCACAAGGGAAAAUAUUGUUUACUUUCGUGUAUUUAAUUAAGUAGGCAAAUGUGAAAUAAAAAAAAAGUUUGACAUAACAUAUUUGGUGAUGUUUUAAGAAAUUGUGAAAUUCCAAAAUUUUCAUAAUGUCGAUUUAAUUAACAAGUUUCAGCUCUAAAUCCUUAAAUCUUUUAUCUGCCUCUUGCGGAGUUAGCAAAUUCAGAAGCAAGUCAACAUGCACUGGAAAUUUAUAAAGUUCAUAACAUUGAGGCUCAAAUAAAGUGAUUGUUUUUCACUUGUUUUACUGACAUUUUUAUGUGUGUUACAGUAUUCAGUUAGCAGGAAUGAUCUGGUGUGCAGAAUUAUUUUCCACAUAGCUGGCAUAUGGUAUAUGGCUGGUAUAUGGGCUCUUUAAAAUACCUCAAAGCGUAUAAAUGAUGGUGAUGUUAUCCAUUCAGUUGUGUCUGACUCUUGGUGACUCUAUAGACCAGGUCUUUCCACGUCUUUUGAUCUUGCACGAUUUCUUUGAGUGGUUGUGUGCUGGUGUCAGCUUUGAUGGUGUCCAGCCACCAUGUUCUUUGGUACCUUUUUACCAUUAACGCUUCCAAACACAAUUGCUUUCUCCAGUGAAUUCCCCCGCAUGACAUAGCCAAAAUAAGUGAGACAGUUUUGUGAUUUUGCCUUCCAGUGAUAUGUCUAAUGUUAUGUGCUCCAGUACUUCUUUGUUAGUCAUCUUUGUUGCCCAAGGAAUAUGCAGCAUCAUAUGCUCAAACGAGUCAAUUUUCUUCCUGUCUUGCUUUUUUAAGGUCCAACUUUCACAACCAUAUACUAUCUGUUGCUAGGAGUAACACAACUUCAUUGCGUGAUAACAGUCAAAUAGCUCCUAAUUUCAUCAAAACUUGGCUUUUACCACGCACCCCACUAUUUCACUGUAGAAUUUAACUUUUCUAAUCACAUUUUUCAAAACAAGGAUUCCUUUGCGUGGGUUAUUCAAUAAAUAUCUUUCUAACAAUUAUGAACAAUUUACUUAAUUAAAAUCUGGUGGUAAAUGUUAUAAAAACAUUUUAAUAAAUAAUAACAAAAUGCUGCCAUAAUAAAUUUCUUAUUUUAAAUGUGUUAUAAUUUAAGGAGAAUAUUAUUACUUUCUCAAAAAUUCUGUUGCUUUCAGACUGAUGGAAUAGACAUGUAUAUGAAUACACAUGUAUAUGCUUUAUUUCAAUUGCCUUGUCAUCAAAUGGAAAUAAAACGUGAGUAAUUUUUGUUCUGAAUAAUUACAAAAAAGCACUACACUAAUGAUUCACAUCAUCAUUUCAAACUACACUUUUCAAUAGAUGCAUCUCUCAUUCAGUUUGGUGCUACUAUACAUAUAUAUGUGAAACACACUGAAACUAAAAACAUACUUCAGAUUUUUUAAUAUUUUUGAAAGCAUCUUUGCAAUUCUAUUUAAUUUUAUACUUAUAUUUUCUGUUUGUGUUGAGUACAUUUAUGUUAAACUGGAAUGUAUUUGGAAGCUAUGAAUUAUGAAUAAAAUGCAUUAUAAUUCCCUUUUC